AUGUCGCUCCCGGGCUUAGAGCUCACCCAGCCCUUAGAGGAGAGGCAGCAUGCCGUCGCGGCGCCAUCGCAGAUCACCUUGUCUCCAGGUUCAGAGUGGAGGUUUGAGGUCGCAUUCGGGCACCAAAUACGAGUCAAGCUUCUGAAUGGAACCGCUGAGCUUUUCGGCACCGAGCUCGCCGAAUCGCAAACUUACACAUUUACUGGUACGAAGGCGGCUAUCUACUCGUGGUAUGGAUGUGACUUAGAGAUCACCGCGGGCGAAACUGGUGCUCCGACGUCGCUUGAUGGCGUCACCCCGACUGCUGGGGCUGGAGCUGGCGGGUGCCAGAGCGAAUACACAGCCGGAGAAACGCCGAUGAUGGAAUACUUCAAUAUGCACAUCGCGCUGGAAUCGAUACGAGAAGAAUCGCAGGGCUCGGGCAAAGACGGUCCCCGUGUCCUGUUGCUUGGUCCUGAGAAUGCUGGCAAAACUACACUCGCGAAGAUCUUGACGGCGUAUGCGACCAAGAUUGGACGACAGCCACUCGUGGUCAAUUUGGAUCCCUCGGAGGGCAUGCUGAGUGUUCCUGGUACACUGACUGCCACAGCGUUCCGGAGCAUGCUUGAUAUUGAGGAGGGCUGGGGCAGUAGUCCCAUGUCUGGGCCUAGUUUCGUGCCGGUGAAGCUUCCGCUCGUGUAUAGCUACCCAUUGACAAGUCCGCUUGACGAAGAAGGCGCUGUCUAUCGGCCCAUUGUUUCGCGGCUCGCUCUCUCUGUGACAGGCCGUAUGGCCGAGGACGAGGAUGCGCGUGAAACAGGAAUUAUCGUUGACACACCUGGGGCUCUAAGCUCCGACAAGCCUGGUAGUUUCGAGACUAUCAAACAUAUUGUGACCGAAUUUUCAAUUACCACCAUCAUAGUCCUCGGCUCUGAGCGCCUCUACAGCACUAUGGUCAAAGAAUACGACAACCAGCUUAGUGCAAGCUCGACAGCUUCUGCAUUCGACGAGCGCAUCUCAGUCGUUAAGCUAUCUAAAUCAGGAGGCUGCGUCGACCGCGACAGUGCAUUCCUCAAAAUUACCCGAGAGUCCCAGAUCCGCUCUUAUUUUUUCGGUAAUCCGAAUCCUACAACUGCUUCUACUUCUGCCAUUACUCUCUCCCCACACUCCCAGCUUCUGGAUUUCUCCUCGCUCCCUAUAUGGAAUUAUACCGUCUCAUCGCACGAGGACGAAGACGAAGAUGAGGAUGAAUACGAUCCGUCCCAGUUUGGCACAAGCGACUCAUUCCUUCCUAGUGGCACGGACAAUUAUGAACCCGGCCAUGCCACGCCACUUCCUGGCAUCGUCGGUCUAACCGUAGACCCAUCUACAUCGUCUGUCAUCGACACGACCAACAUCCCAUUGAAAAAACUCGUCCCACCCGUUCCCUCCGUUCUCGCUAAUACCCUUCUCGCUAUCACGCACGCUCCAGCAACCGCUUCCCCAGCUGAAGUGCGCGAUGCCAGUAUCAUGGGCUUUCUCUAUGUGGCUGAUGUUGACGUGGACAAGGGGAAGUUCCGUGUCAUUGCACCUGUCGGUGGUAGAGUCCCUUCACGAGCGAUGAUCUGGGCUAAGCGCUGGCCUGGUGAGGUUGUUGGACUGGUGGGUUGA